AUGACCGAGGAGGACAUUAAGGCACUCCAAUCCACCGGAGGCGACCACCUUGCUGCCACGGAGAAGAACAUCCUCGGAAACGACCUCCACGCCCUCGCCGACUACGUCCUCUCGCUCAAGGGCGGCCGCAUCGACUUCAUCCUCGACAAUGCCGGUUUCGAGCUGUACUGUGACUUGGUCUUUGCCGACUGGCUCAUCCAGGCCGGUAUCUGCAAGGAGGUCAAGUUCCACGGCAAGCGCAUUCCCUGGUUCGUCUCGGAUGUUACCAAGAAGGACUGGAACUGGCUCAUUAACGUUAUGGUGUAUGGCAACCUGUUCCCUGAGGCGUCGCAGGAGGAGAUGGACUCGCUGCGACAGAUGGGCCGCCGCUGGCAGAAGUACUCUGAGUCGGGCGUUUGGUCCUACGAGGAGCACCCCUUCUGGAUCACCGGCUACACCUUCUGGCACCUGCCGUCCGAGGCUCCCGACCUGUUCCAGCACCUGCAGGGCUCUGACCUCUGCAUUUACAAGGGUGACCUCAACCACCGCAAGCUCACGUACGACUGCCACGCGCCGAUGGACACGCCGUUCGCGCAGGCGAUCGGUCCUUUGGGAUCGGAGGAGGGUGCCCCGCCUGUCUGCUCGUUCCGAACGAUCAAGUCGGACGUCGUCGUCGGCAUCCCCUCGGGUGUCGGCGAGAAGCUCGACGAGGAGGAGCCCGGAUGGAAGAUCUCGGGCAAGUACGCCGUCAUCCUGCUCUCGCCUGGCAACCCCGGCCCGAAGAACCAGAUCCCUGUUCCCGCCUAA